AUGCACCGAACGCAACCUCAUAUGGUUCCAUUAAGUCGUAAAUUGUCCGCUGCCGACAGAACUAGUCCUGUUAAAAAACACCUUUUUAAAAAUAUGAGGUCGAAUUUCCGUUCUUCUUCCAUAAACAGUCCUUUUUCCAUUGCACAACCAGGUUUUGUCUCUCUCGACAGAAAAAUCACCUCUCGAAGUUUGGCCGGUGCUCCUUCAGCUCAUGCAAUAUCUAAAUCUAUUCCAUUAAUUCAUAAGUCCUCUUCUCGUGUCGAUAGAGCCAGUAAGCCUAAGAAGACUACCACCCAAGUAGAAGCUGCUUUAAUGAAGACUUCACCUUCAGGAACCGCUCAAAUCGCUCAUGGUGAUACUGCUGUCAGCCUACUUACAAUGCAAACCAUAAUGCCAAUACUAUCGUAUACACUACAUCAUGGAAUGAGAAAGAUCCUCGCUCUCCCCCUCUCUCUCUCUCUUUUCUCUCUCUCUCUCUCUCUCUCUCUCUCUCUCUAA